CUCCCCUCGGCUCUCACCACUACUAGUCACCUCCAAGGCACUUCAUCCGGCAAGCCGCUACAUGGUGAAAUGAGGGGCAUUGAGGAGACAAGGCAACGAUGGGAUGCCCUCUUUCGCGACCACGACACCACCGCCGACUUCCGGACAACCCUGCGGUCGGAACAGGGAGAUAAACUGUGCGAUGAGGGGUUGCGAUCCGUCUGCUGGAAGGCAUUUCUACUGUUCGAUGAUCUCGCCCGCGCGCAAUGGCCGCAGAAGAUCACCGAUUCCCGCAGCGCCUACGUCGCACUGAAGGCCCAUUUCUUGAAAUACAUCGAACAUCCGGAUGACCUGCAGUCGACCGUGGAUCCGCUGGCGGACGAUGAAGAGUCUCCCUGGCAAACGUUGCGCGAUGACGAACAGACGAGGGCAGAUAUCUCCCAGGAUGUCGACCGGUGCUUGCAGGAGAACUUCUUCUUCCGCGAACCGACAACCAAGGCCAAAAUGAUCGAUAUACUGUUCAUCUACUCGAAGCUCAACCCGGACCUGGGCUACCGCCAGGGAAUGCAUGAGAUUCUGGCGCCGCUGCUUUGGGCGGUUGAUAGAGACGCUAUCGAACCGACCUCCCUACAGGAGCCUACCGCUCAAGAAGCAGAUGAUGCUGCGAUGCGCCAGCUGCUUGAUGCCAACUACGUGGAGCAUGACUCGUUCGCCUUGUUUUGCUCGGUCAUGCAGACGGUUCGGAUGUAUUAUGAGCACAAUAGACACCGGUCGGAGAACGGGCAGGCGGACGUGAUACCGAUCGUUCAUCAAUGCGAGCGUCUCCACAACGAACUCCUGGUGACUGCGGAUGUAGAGCUAGCAGACCAUUUGCAGGCGAUAGAUAUUCUACCCCAGAUUUUUCUCACCCGCUGGAUGCGUCUCCUGUUCGGGCGGGAAUUCUCGUUCCAAGAAGUUCUUGUCAUUUGGGAUCGCCUCUUCGCAGAAGGGCUACGUCCAGAGUUGAUAGACUUUACCUGUGUUGCAAUGCUGCUACGGAUUCGCUGGCAAUUACUGAGUGCCGACUCCUCAGGAGCUUUGAGCAUGCUGCUUCGCUACCCGCCCCCGCACCCUCAUGCGGCGCUGAGUUUCGUGCAAGAUGGAAUGUACCUCGAGCAAAACCCUACCCCUGACAGAGGCAUCUUUAUCAUCUCGAAGUACUCGGGAAGACCACCGGAUGUCACCAAGGCCGCCAAUCAGAAACCCUCGAAGAAAUUCCGCCUGCGCAGCGUCUCGCGCGAUCUCAGCGAGUCGAGUUCGCCUUCCAGAUCCCCCGCACGGAACAGCCCCAAGAGCCUCGAGACGCUCUUCCAGGACGUCUCGGAGGGCAUCCAGCGCCGAACAGAGACCUGGGGUGUAGCGAAAGCUGUCCGCGGGGCAGUAAGCGAAGCAAAGAGGAACAUGCAAUCCAUCCAGUCGGAACACUAUCCGCGCUCUACGGGCAUGCCGUGGGAUCACGGAUCCGAUGCUGCCAGCCAGUGGAAGGCGAAGAUCGAACAGCUAGAGGAGCGGAAUAGAAAGCUGGCGAAGAAUCUCAGCCAUGCGUUGAAUGAUAUCCGCUCGCACAUGAUGAGAGCGGAGAGCAUUGAUAAGAAAACCACCGACGCUCUGAAGCAGGCACUUACUCAAGUCCAGUCGGUUCAGAGCUGCCUCGAGGACCCCUCUAUCCCCCCAGGCUCGGUGAAACAGCCCUUAAACGAGCCCCAAAACGGGGAUCAGGAAUCACUUUCCGAACAGUCGAAAUCUCCGAACGGGCAUUCCGAGACAGAGGCUGAAAAGGCGGAUAGCGCCUCAACAGCCACUGGCAAGGUCAGCGUGUCUGCGACAUCAUCCGGAUCGUCCAUCGCGAGCGAGCGGAAACCGUCCAUUGCAUCCAGCAGCGCCCCAAUGCCUGCAUCCAUGCCCCUCCGACACGCAGCCCGUCCGUCUCUGGCGGAAUCCGAGUUUUCCUGGAUGCUCGGGGGCGGUCGUCAUAUCUCGAGCUUCGUGAGCCCGGCGUCGGUGCCGCCCGAGCAGACUCGACAUGGAGAGAUGCGCGCCAAACCGGGGGCGCUGUUCAACAACGGCGACGAAGAGCACGGGAGGUUCGGCGCUGAGCCCGACGGGAUGGCGCUGAGGAGUCUUCGGGGGCCCAAACCUCGCGAGUAGAUUUGUUUCUUUCUCUUUCUAGACUUUAGCCCGGGGCACUUUUUGUUUUUCUCUCAUAUAUCGCAUAAACCCGAUAUACCCGCAUGUUUACACCACGGCAAUUAUCUAGCUAGAGGCUGCCACUCUUUUUCUUUCUUUCUUUUUUUUUUUUUUCUUUCUCUUUCCCUGACGUUCCUGGCUGCCACGAUGGCAUGACGGCAGAACGGACUAUGCAGCCAAUGUAUUAUCCGGACAGGAUGAUCCAAGCGCCCCGUGUGUCUGUUUCCCCGCGGGACUCCGGAUAGGA